AUGGACGUAGAUUGGGAUCUCCACGCCCUCGUCAGAAGCUGCACCACCACUUCCUCAGCGGCCGCCACUACCCCAUCCACCACCUCAUCCUGUAUUUCUUCCUCUGGCUUUGGGGCUUGUACCCAACCUUCUACUUCCUGCAACUUCUUCUCUGUUUACAAUCCUGCUGUACAAGCAGACCAAGUUUUGUCUCCUUUGGAGAAUCCCUAUGAAGCAAGGACUUCUUCCGUUGAAGAGCUUCAGCAGCUUUACAAGCCUUUCUUCCUUAAAUCACAGCCUCAGACCUUUCAACCUGUUUCUUCUCUCUCUUCCUUUUCUUAUUCAUCAGUCUCGAAGCCACAGACUCAGACCUUUCAACCCGCUUCUCCUCUCUCGUCCUUUUCAUACUCAUCAGUAUCCAAAUCACCUAGCAGACAGCAAGAACAGAAACAGCCUCAUCAUGCUGGUUCUUCCUCCUCUCCAAGACCCAAAAGAAGGAAGAACCAGCUUAAGAAGGUUUGUGAAGUGUCAGCUGAAAACCUCUCUUCAGACAUGUGGGCUUGGAGGAAAUAUGGACAGAAACCCAUCAAAGGGUCACCAUAUCCAAGAUGUAGCAGCUCAAAAGGAUGUUUAGCUAGGAAACAAGUGGAGAGGAACAGAUCUGACCCAACAAUGUUCGUACUCACAUACACAGGUGAACACAACCACCCUGCUCCUACUCAUAAAAACUCCCUUGCUGGCUCCACGCGCCACAAACCUCAGUCUGGUGAAGACGCAGUCACCAAACCAUUUUCUCCAGCCACCUCAUCAGAGGUGGCACAACACAGUACAAAGUCAGAGAGCACAGAAGAAGACAUGGAAGAUCUGAUGAAAGAUGAUGAAGAACCAAAUGAAUUUGACUUAACAGAAACAAUGAUAACAGAUGAUUUCUUCGAAGGGUUGGAGGAGCUGACAGGGUCUGCCACUGAUCCCUUUAUAGCUGGUAGUAGCAUUGAUCGGUGGCCACUGGCCAAUAAUGGUGACACUGCCACUGGUGGUAGCUGA